AUGCAAGGUACAGACAGCCCACCCAGUGACGAGACACUUACCGUAGAGCGGCAGUAUGUAACUCCCUCUCAAUCCUGUGAAUCUGCGAGUGAUACUGGAGAUGAUAUGAUAUUUAAGACUUGUCUAAGCGGGAAAACAGAAGGUACCAGUAUUUCUCCUGGAAGUAGUCUCAGCCAACGUACAACCUCAAGAAAAUUGUAUUUGGACCAAAUAUACAAUCAUGCCCAGCUUCGCGCUAAGAGCACUACAACGGAAAGCGGUAGUGAAAAAAAGGCUCGCCGCAGUGAUGUUCGUGGAUUUCUCGAAACCAUAUAUGGUGGACAACAGACACGUAGACAAAACUCCCAUCAACAACAAAAAGAAAGUAAUGCCCAUCCAACGGAACCAACAGAAAAUGAAACAGCAACGACGGGUAGUACUAGAGGAACACCAGUGCGAAAACGUGGUAUGACAGGUGAUAGAGAUCGUUGGGCGUCUACGCGGCAUGAAGCACUAGAGCAGUUACGCAUAGAGUUAGAGGACCGACUACGUGUAGAUGCGGAUUUCAGGCCUGAACUGCGAAAGAUGGAUAGUAUGGAGUCUGCACCGUUUGCAACAGGGCGUCGCUCACAGGAGCCAGUGGAUUCUUCUCCUGAACAAGCAACUUAUCGUACAAGUACCACAGGAAGAGCAAUAAAAAUAACAACGAAUGAUGAUGAAGAGGAGGAAGAAGAAGAAGGAAGAUUGGUAGAGGAAAUAACACCAUCUCUAUCUCCUGUUAGUGAAGCGAAGAUGUUGCAUGAUCUUACUAUAGAACUUUCUGUUCAUCAUGAUGAUUCAAAGGAUGAAGAAGAUAUGUCAAUGCAGCGUAUGGAAGAAAAAAGAAAAGAUAGACGUCAGUGUUUAGAAGCCAAAUGGCGUGCAAAGGAGCUUAAGGAGUGCACUUUUCAUCCUUGCGUUUCCCCAGUCUCCACGGCAAUAUUUCACAAAAGUUUACAGGAGAAAGGGAAUGUAUUUGAUAGACUCUACCCACAACAUAAUCAUGAAAAAUCACAGCCAGAGGAGAUGGAUUCUCGAGAGGCCCUUGUGCACAGGGAGCUGGAAAUACUUUCAAGAGAAGAAAGAGAAUCGCUACGUAAACGAUGUGGAGCAGUAACAGCUGAAGAGGCAGGUGAUGAAACUUUUGAGUUAUUUUUACAUAAUGUACUGGGUUGUAAUAGUAAGGACCCUUCUGUUUAUAUUCAAAGUGAUUAUGAAUCUCUUUUAGCACGAAAAUUAUAUGAUGAAGGCAGUACGGGGUCUACAGACUCUAUACAUAGAAAAUCUAAUAGAGAACGGGAGGAACGACAAUAUCGUCUUGCUUGUUUUGAUGAAUUUCUUAAUCGUCAAAAUGCACAUUAUUUGAAUCGAAGACGUACUAUACAGGAACUUGAAAGGGCACUAAGACCUUCUUUUAAACCAGAAAUUACUGAAAAUAGUGUUCUAAUUGCAAAAGAAUUACUUUCUCGUAGUUCUAACAAUUCACGUGAAUCUGGAAAUGUUUCGGUACUUGCCUCUGCAGUGAAGAAGCAUCGCUCACCUUAUGUUGAUCCCUGUACAUUUAAACCAGAAAUUACACCUGUUUCGAGUGCUUUGGCUCCUCGAGGUGUGGAAGAUAUGAUGAGGGAUAGUGAAAGGUGGCGUAAAGCGAAAAAGGCCGCACAGGAAAGAGCAUUGAAAGAGGAAAUGCAACACCCAUUUCGUCCUUCGCUAAAUAAUGACCGUAAUGCUCACGUUGAGUCCAUGUUAAAUCCAAAGAAUUAUCCACGAUAUGAACAACUAUUGCGUAAACAAAGGGAACGGAUGAAUCAGUUAAAGAAGGAAAAAGAGGCGAAGAAAGAACUAGAAGAAGUAGAGCAGAAUACAUUUCAUCCAAAGACGACACGUAAACCAGCUUAUGUGUCUCGAAUGGCAUCUAGUUUUGCUCUUGUACGACAACACUACGGAGAGCUCUAG